CUAAUUGACAUUUUUGAUAUGUGUGUGGACUCGCAGUUUCUCUCCUCUAUUGGGUUCUCCUUUCUCUGUCAUCAGACCGCAACCCUGAAGCUACCAACUCCACCCCCAGAUUCUUUCUAAAUAAUCCUAUUACUCUGCUUAGUCUUCCAGAUCUAAUUACUAUAUUUGAUUAAUUUCGUUAUCUUUGGCCUACAAAUUAUCAACAAUUACACCAAUUUUUUCUUCAGUUCAAGAAUCAAUCUUCCAGACCUCAAAAGUUUUGAAUCCAAAUAAGUUGAAUUGCAAAUUUUUAUUCAAUUCUACAACUUUUAUCAAAUGUUGAUCAACUAAUUAAGUAUAGGCAUAAUGGAGGUCUCAUUGUGGAGGGCUCUACUUCAAAAUAUAUCAUCUUUUUUAAGUUCAUCAUCACGUGACGGCUUUGACUCAGAACCAGUACGAAAAAGUUACCAAAAUGUUGAAGAAAUAGUGAAGCUAUUAAAACCAAUACUUGAUGCAACUAUGGAUACUGAAGUAGCCUCGGAUGACCUACUCAACAAGGCACUAGAAGAACUUGGACAGUCAAUGGACGAGUUGCGAGACCUCUUUGAAAGCUGGCAUCCUUUGUUAAGCAGAGUUGAUCUGGUACUUCAAGCUGAGUUGUUGACAGCUCGAAUCCAGAACUAUGUUUUGGAAUUCUUUUGGCUGCUGAAAGAUUCACAGCAGUCCUUACCUGUAGAAUUGGGCUCAUCAUCUCUUGAGCACUGCAUUCAUAAGGUUAAGAACAUUGGAUGUGUUUCUACAUCUACAAUCAUUGAUGAUGCCAUGAAGGAUCAAGCUGGGGGCCAUGGGCCUACCCCAGAACAGCUUGUAAAAAUUGCUGAUUGUCUGGGCUUAAAAUCAAAUCAAGAAAUUCUCAUUGAGGCUGUGGCUCUUGAAAUGUUGAAGGAGAAUGCUGAGCAGGCUGAAAAGAAUGCUGAGGUGGAUUACUUUGAACAGCUGAUAUCUAUUGUUACUCGCAUGCAUGACCGCCUUGUUUCGCUGAAACAGUCCCAGGGCAAUACACCUGUUCCUAUACCAGCUGAUUUUUGCUGUCCUCUUUCCCUUGAACUUAUGACAGACCCUGUCAUCGUAUCCUCAGGUCAAACUUAUGAACGUGCUUUCAUCAGAAAAUGGCUUGACCUUGGUCUUACUGUAUGUCCUAAGACAAGACAGUCAUUAGCUCACACCAAUCUAAUACCUAACUAUACGGUUAAAGCACUUAUUGCAAACUGGUGUGAGAUUAAUAAUGUGAAGAUUCCUGACCCUUUGAAGUCUAUUAAAGAAGAUCAGCCACUGGCGCUCCUUUCACAAAAUGAUUCUGGUUCUGUACGGGAUUCUCACUUAAGGUCUCGUUCUAGAGGUAACCUACCUGUAUCACCAGAAUUAACAUGCUUAGCAGUUUCAGAUGGCAAAAAUUUGAGUUAUUCAGGGGAUCUUUAUCGAGAAGGGGCUUCCCCUUCACAUCCACGUUCUUCUUCAGAUAACUCCAAGUUUCGCACGAGUGAGAAAGAGCAUGGAUUGGAUAUUGGGAAAUUAUCUCUAGCAGACAGACCGAGCAAUUCCGAGGGAAGAGGUGUGGAUUCAAAUGGCCAGUAUUCUGUGUCUCCAGGACGUAGAGAAUUUGCCAAUUCUGUCGGUUCUCGUGAGCAGUCGUCUGAAAGGCAUAAUGGAACAUCUUUAAAUGGCAACCGGAUCUCCGAGAAUCUGGCUCAUCGAUCAUCUCAAGAUGCUGAUCAGAUUUCACAGAGUCCAGGUGAUAGCCGUGAUGCUUCUGGAGAACUAUCUGAGGAACCACAUGCUACCGCCCCUGAGAGCACUUCCCCAAGGGAACCUGAAUUUCCAACUAGACUAAUGGAUAAUAGAUCACGUAGUCAAAAUAUCUGGCGCCGACCAGCUGAUAGACUUGUAGCACGGAUGGUAUCUUCUCCAACCAUGGAAACAAGACCUGAUCUCUUAGAGACUGAAGUGGAAGUUAAGAAGUUGGUGGAGGAUUUGAAAAGUGACUCGGUAGAAAUUCAAAGAGAAGCGACUGCUCAACUGCGGCUGCUUGCAAAACACAACAUGGAUAACCGAAUUGUGAUAGCCGGUUGUGGUGCUAUUAGAUUGUUGGUUGAUCUACUUCAAUCAACAGACUCGAAGACACAGGAAAAUGCUGUAACUGCUCUUCUUAAUUUAUCAAUAAAUGAUAACAACAAACUCGCAAUUGCGAAUGCAGAUGCAAUUGAACCCCUGAUCCAUGCCCUUCAGACAGGCACCCCAGAGGCUCGGGAAAACUCAGCUGCCACACUUUUUAGCCUCUCUGUAAUAGAGGAAAAUAAAUCCAAAAUAGGCAGGUCUGGGGCUAUUGGUCCUUUGGUUGAACUGUUAGGAAACGGGACACCUCGGGGAAAGAAAGAUGCUGCCACAGCUUUGUUUAAUUUGUCUAUAUAUCAUGAAAACAAGAUUAGAAUUGUGCAGGCUGGUGCUGUAAGGCAUCUAGUUGAGCUGAUGGAUCCCGCUGCAGGUAUGGUUGAUAAGGCUGUAGCUGUUUUGGCAAAUCUUGCUACCAUUCACGAGGGAAGGACUGCCAUUGGCCAGGCAGGAGGUAUUCCUGUCCUUGUAGAAGUUGUUGAAUUGGGUUCUGCGAGAGGAAAAGAAAAUGCAGCUGCUGCACUUCUACAACUUUGUACUUUCAGCGCCAGAUAUUGCAAUAUAGUGCUCCAGGAAGGAGCUGUACCACCAUUGGUAGCUUUGUCACAGUCCGGGACUGCUAGAGCCAGAGAGAAGGCACAAAGUCUUCUAAGUUACUUCAGAAGCCAACGUCAUGCUAAUUCGAGGGGUUAGUUUUCUCAACCAAAACUUUUGAAGGGUCUAUAAUUGUUUGUAAGUUCUGUACAAUGUAAAUUCGACUUGCAAAUAAUGCUUAUGAAAAUUUUGCAUGACUUAUUGUUGGCAUUGUUUGCUGAGUGCAAGUGAGAAGAUCAUUAUCUUCCCUGUAAGUGUUUUUUGUCUCUUCUGUGUACUCGUGAUUGAGCACUUAGAAGUUAAAGGAAUGGCUAAUUUGCCCUCUUUUCAUUUGAAAGAUUAUUGUAAUUUAUUAAUGCCUUUAUCUUAUUUUAUUACUAUUUUCUUCAUUCUGAAAUACUUGCUACAUUAUGGUUAUUAAUAUUAUUUAUCGUUCAAAUUUAAUUUAUAUAUUGUGGCUAAUGUGUAAGGAAAAAUAGUCAAAUAGAAUCAUAUAUUGUCUAAUCAUAUAUUUUCAUAUUAUUAACUUUUUAUAAGUUUUUGUUAUGCACAAAUAAAUAUAUAAAUUAUCAAAAUAACGCAUUAGGCUGCGUAAAAAGUUAAAUAUAGUAAGUAUAAUGGGAUAAAUCAAGUAUGUUCAAGUUGUACUAAUUCCCAAAGUAGCUGUAUGCCUAAUUCUGUUCUAAAUGAGGCAUAGCAUAGCGCAAGGGGGUAGUGCAAGGACUCGACUAGAAUUGUGUAAUCUUUUUCAAUGUAGGAUACAGAUUACAAUUUGGCAAAUCGGGUUUAAACAUGAAAUAUAAAUAAAAGGAGAGAAAAUAAUAUGAUGUCUGACUGGAGGGUUGAAUAUUUAUAAUAAUAGCUCCAAAUA